CAAAACUAUUUUCAUGAUUAAGCAGCAGAUAUUACAUGAGCAAGUACAAAAGACAACACAACGAGGAAGCUUCUCCUCCCAAACAUAAUCCUCCUGUAAUGAGCAGAACGUGUUUAUAAUGGAAGGAAUAAGCAAUGGUCUUUUUCUCCUCACUAUAUGUUUUACAGCAAGUGUUUUCCCACGUCAGUGCAGUAGCUUUAAUCUGGAUCUGACUAAUUACACAGAGUUUUCUGGGCCAAACGGGAGUUACUUUGGGUUUUCUGUGGAUUUUUUUCGGACAAGGAGCCAAGAAGUAAGCAUUAUAGUGGGUGCACCAAGAGACAAUGUCGGGCCUUCCCGUGGUGGUUCUGUCUUCAUCUGUCCCUGGAAUUCAACUGAACAAGCAUGUCAAAAACUGAACUUUGACGAAACAGGAGAUGUAAACUUCACAUUUAUACAAAGACUCCUUGUGUCCCAUAAAUCAAACCAAUGGUUGGGAGCAACAGUGCGUACCUACGACAGCUUUGUCCUGGCCUGUGCUCCAUUAUUCCACUGGAAUGUGUUUCAGUACAAAGAUGAGGCCAUGAACACGCCAGUGGGAAACUGUCAGCUUCUAAAUGUGCUAACUGGAGAGUUAGCAAACUAUGCCCCCUGUAGGGGAUAUGAGGUGGAGAAUACUUAUGCACAAAGAAAACAUUACCGAGACAGACGCUACUGUGAAGCAGGAUUUAGCUCAGACAUCUCUGAGGAUGGUAGAGUGGUCCUUGGCGCUCCUGGAGGCUUCUUCUUCCAAGGUCAGAUCAUUACUGCACCUCUCCAAAACAUCAUGUACAGUGGCAGGACCUUUACUCCAGUUCACAGUGUGCCACAAGAGAAAACAUCACUUGAGACAUCAGACAAUUAUGACAUUUAUCUGGGCUUCUCUGUGGCAAUAGGUCAUUUCAAUGCUGACAACAUCUCAGACUAUGUCGCCAGCCUCCCACUUGACCUAAACUCAGCUGGUUCUGUCAAAAUCUUUGAUGGAGCUUCACAAAUGUACCCCAGAAUCAUGACAUCUUUAAAGGGCUCUCAAGUAGCUUCCUAUUUUGGCCAUUGUAUUGCUGUGACUGACAUAAAUGGUGAUAGGAGGGAUGAUAUCCUAGUUGGUGCGCCUCUCUUCAUGGAGCACUUGUCCACACAUAAGCUGCGCGAGGUGGGCCAGGUGUACGUUUACCUGCAGAAGGAAGGUUACCGCUUCUCCCCAAAGCCUGAGCAGACCUUAUCAGGCACUCACCCUUACGGACGCUUUGGCAUCACUAUCGCUCCUUUGGGAGAUAUCAACCAUGAUGGCUACAAUGAUGUGGCCGUGGGGGCACCAGGCACUGGUGAAGGGGGUGUGGUGUUCAUCUAUAUGGGACAGAGUGAUGGUUUGAAACCACAGUAUGUGCAAGUCAUCAAGAGCCCUUUCCAGUCUCUUGCAUCAGCAUUCGGUUUUAGCAUAAGAGGAGGAACAGACAUCGACAACAAUGGAUAUCCAGAUGUUAUUGUUGGUGCAUGGGGAGCAGAUAAAGUGGCUGUAUACAGGUCAAAAGCUGUAGUGGGGACCAAAGCCCAGCUUUCCUUUCUACCUGAUUUCCUACAGCCUGAUGAAAAAUUAUGUCAGCUGCAUGGCAAUCCCAUCUCCUGCUUUACUAUCAGGCUGUGCAUUAGUGUGUCUGGGUACAAAAUACCAGAGGAGAUUGUGUUGAAUGCGGAGCUCCAGCUGGAUAAACUGAAGUCAAAUGUGGCAAGACGGACCUUCCUGCUGGAGUCUCAACAGCCAUACAGCCAUUUUCAGCUCACCGUUAGCAGAGAUAAAGGAACAUUUUGUAAGAACCUCACCGCAUACUUACUGUCAGAGUUCAAGGACAAGCUGAGCCCUAUCUUCAUCUCACUGAUCUAUAGCCUAGCCAAUACCCAUGAAGCAAUGUUACAUGGACAAAAUGUUGCAGUUGGCCAGACACAGAUUGUUCUUGACUGCGGUGAUGAUAACAUCUGCAUCCCUGAUUUGAAGCUUUCAGCCAAGGCGCGCACAGAUCCUCUCCUUAUUGGGGACGAGAACCCAGCUCUCCUGAUCAUCACUGCUGAGAAUCAUGGUGAAGGAGCGUAUGAGACAGAACUGUAUGUCCAUCUUCCACCUCAAACACACUACCAGGGUGUGCUAAUUAAUGAGGAGGGCUAUAGUCAUCUUCUUUGUGGUCCAAAGAAAGAUAAUGUCUCUGUCAUCGUGGUGUGUGAUCUGGGGAACCCAAUGAAAUCUAAACAGAAGAUCAUGGCUGGCCUGUACUUCAGCAUGACAGGGCUGGAGGAGGUCGAGACCCAUGUGUCCUUCCAUUUACAAAUUAAAAGCAAGAACAGUCAUAACCCAGACAGCAACGCAGUGGAAGUGAAGAUCCAAGUUCAGGCUGUGGCUUUGCUUGAGAUGCGGGGAGUCUCCUCUCCUUACGAGUUCGUCAUGCCAAUUGCUGAAUGGGAAUCAAAAGAUUUCAUCAAGAAUUUGGAGGAUGUGGGCCCCGUUGUAGAGCAUGUUUAUGAGUUAAGGAAUAAAGGGCCGAGUGCAGUCAAUGCCAAACUGGUGCUCCAUUUCCCAGUACAGCAGAAUGGCUCUUAUGUGCUCUAUGUGUUCAGCAACGCUUCAGAGGAACUCCUGACAUGCAACACAGACCCUUCCCAGAUCGAUCCAUUUCAGCUUGUGAGACCAGAGUUCAUUAAUACUACUGAGGCUCCUGUUCACCAUUUUAACAAACGGGAGGUGGAGCUGCAGGAGCUGGAGGUACAGCAACAGCCUGUGCAUCAUCAUAGAAGGACGGUGCAUGUGAAUUGCUCCAUUGAUCCGUGUGUGGUGUUCACCUGUGAGGCUCCAGCUCUACAGAGAGAUGCCAGAGCCAUAGUGAGAGUGAUGGCACGUUUGUGGGUUGAUAGUUUCUUACAGAGGCCUUAUGUGAAUUACGUCCUCUUGUCCACUGCUCACUAUGAGGUAGUAAGCAUGCUGUCCAAGGUCCAACCAAAUGUCUUGCCUAGUGGACAAGCAGAGACAAACACCAGUGUGGUUUGGAGGCAUCCUGAUGGCCAGGUGGACGUGCCACUGUCGUGGAUUGUGAUGGCCGUAAUUGCUGGCCUCCUGCUCCUGGCUUUGCUGAGCAUCAUCUUCUGGAAGGUGGGAUUUUUCAAGCGCAACCGUCCACCAACUGAUGAUGACGGUGAUGAGACCACUCAUGAGCUGAAAGAAGAGCAAUCAGAGUACGAAGAUGUCUCACCAAAAGACCAGUCCUGAAAAUUAUUACAACAAAUACAAAGUAUAUACCAAAUUGUACAUUUAAAAUGUGUGUCCUGCUAUUCAAACGUGUGUGAACACCUUCAUUUUCUUAUGUUUUAUUUAAAAAAAAAAAAAAAAAAAAAAAAAAAAAAAGGCUUACCACAGUGUUGUUGAAUUCUCAAUUCUGAUUGGUCAAAAUGUGUUAAUUCAAUUUCUAUAUAAGUAGCUCUGACAGUAAACCUGACUUCAAGGCAAAUUACAGUUUUAUAUCAGUGCACUCGUUCUAAAAUGUUUUUAUAUUGAUAACUUACAUGUGUGCAUGUACUGUAUGGUGGACACUUUACAUAAACAGACAUAAACAGAAAAAUAUGUGUAACCGUUAUGUAAUUGUUGCUAUAUUGAUAUUGUCUGUGAGUGUCAUGAAAUAUCUGAGAAAGACUAGAAACUAAGUUCCCCACCAGCCACUAUACUUUGUCACAUAUCCUAAUUCACCUGUUUCACGUUUAACUCAUUAGCACUGUGCCUAUAUAUAACCACGUUCAGCACUGCAUAGUUGUGUUUCGGUGUUUGUGCUGUCUUCAUGUAUUAUGUUAUGCUUGUGGUUGGUUUCAUGUAGCCUACAUCUUGUUUGAUACUUCAUUAAAUGUUUCACUGAG